GGUUAGAGCUGGGCUCAGUUAGAGCUGGGCUGGCCUUGGCAGAGCUGGGCUCAGAGUUAGAGCUGGGCUCAGUUGGAGCUGGGCUGGCCUUGGCAGAGCUGGGCUCAGGAUGCCUUCGAGAGAAGGGCCCCGUGCCAGGUUUGUGUUCGCAGCACUUCCAGCCUGGCCCUGUCUCCAGCGUGCUCCAAGGGCAGGGCUGUGCUGCCUGCUGCUGGAUUUGGGGCUGGCUGCUGGGAGUGUCCCUUUAAACUCGGCGUCCAGGCAGGGUAAUCUGCCAGAGAUUAUCUGCCGGGAGAGGAUUGGCAUUAAAGGGAAUGUCUCCUCCCUCCCCCCGUGUCCUGCAGCAUCCCCUGGCCUGGGGUGUGUGCAAAGCAAGUUCACUUUCUCCUGGGCGAGCAGAGAGGGGUCUGGGCUUAGAGGGGCGAGGGGAGGAGGGCAGAUGAUGGCACUGGGCCUCCUCUUCCUCACCGUGCUGGCCACGCUCACCUCCUGCCAGGACCCAGAAGGAGACCUGGACACGUACUGGUCUGGCACGGCUCCCAUCUGCGUGGGGGGCUGCAAGGGCAGGCACAAGGAGCUGAAGAGGAGCCAGUGUGGGAACGGCAGCUGCUGCUGGCUGGGCUACAAGUCCUUCUGCAGAGUGAACUGCGGGCGGCCCGAGGCGGAUUUUAACUCGGUGGUGCACGGGAACGACUGGUGGGUGGGCUCCGUGGUGCGCUACAGCUGCCGGCCCGGCUUCCUGCUGCUGGGGGACCCCGCCAGCGCCUGCCAGUCCGACGGCCGCUGGACCCCCAAGCCCUCCUGCCUCCGUGAGUAG